AGACAUGAAACAAUGAGAUGCAUUUCUGUUCAGUUAAAAUUAUAUUCUUCCCUCUAUUUCUCCUUCUUGUAACUCUCUGUGAAUCUGUCUAUUACAUUGACAGGACUGGUUCAACCUGCUUCAGUGCCAACGAUGACUCGUCAAGGUCAUUUUUCUCAAUAGAACUACAACAUCAUGAGACAAUCAGAGAACUUGAAAAAUUUACCGGAUGUGAAACAAUAAUCGGCAAUUUGAUAUUAAUGAACAUCAAGGAUCCUGAUGGAACAAAGUUACACUUUUUCAGCAGUGUCAAAAAGAUCACGGGUUACAUUGCUGUGAUAAAUUGUACUAUGCGAUACCUGCCAUUCCCCAACCUCCAUAUCAUAUCAGGACAGAACCUUAUCCCAAAACAAAAGAAACCAAGAUAUGCACUGUUUGUAACUUUGGUUAAUGAAACGUGGCGUGCAGGGCUUGACAACCUCAGAGAAGUUUCCAGUGGAGAUGUUUUGAUAGAGAAUAACAGCAAUAAUUUGACCGGUUACAGCGAUCUGAUCCUCUGGGAUGAUAUUAUGUCGGACAAUGCUACUGCUACUGUUACUCCUCUUGUUAACAAUACGGAUUUUAACUUGACGGAUUACACCUGUCAUCCUGACUGCAAGCAUCCCGGCCGGUGUUGGGGACCUGAACUUAUUAACUGUCAGCACUUGAGUAUGGAAGUGUGUCAGGACCAAUGUCCUGGAGGAAGAUGUUAUUUCGCAGACGACUCCCCAGACAUCCCCAUCUGCUGUCACAAGGAAUGCAGUGGAGGGUGCACUGGAAUGACCAACGCGGACUGCUUUGGUUGCAAGAACUUCGACGCUGCAGGACAAUGUGUCACGAACUGUCCACCACCCAAGAUUUACGACAGAGGCCAGUUCAAAAUGGUGGAUAACCCUGAUGUCCUCUACGGACUCGGCAACGAAUGUCUAGAAGAAUGCCCCAACCCGUUCUUGGUGGAGGAAGGGAACUGUGUUAAGAAGUGCUCAGACCACCUGAUGACGGAACACCACACCAACAAGUGUGUCCUCUGUCCUUCUGAAGGGUGCCCUAAACGGUGUGACGGGUUUACCAGCGUAUCCGAGCUGGGUAUAGGCAGAUGUAACGAGUACAAGCCUAAGAUGAAGAGGUGCUCUGCAGCCUUCAAGAACAAAUACCAGAACUGCACGAUCAUCGAGGGUAGCAUCGAUAUCGACUCAAAGUUCACGGAUAAGUUUGGAGAGAUGGCGAGUGACGCUCUGGAAGCGCUGAGUACAGUAGAGGAGAUAACUGGGUAUCUCAGCAUUCACACCAACAACCUCUUCUCUGACUUCAGCUUUCUCAGAAACCUAAAGAGGAUCAGGGGGAUCCACCUGAAGUCCUCCUACUCCUACGAGUCAUGUGAAGAUGAACAAGAGGGGUGCCGUGUCAACCUUCAAGCCGCCAUCACAGUUCAAGCGGUUGAUAUGUCGCAAGCUCAUAUCUCUAAGAAGCUGUUCCAAGACUAUGCGCUGACAGAAUUAAGACUGAAUUCCCUGGAGCUCAUUGAAAAUGGGAUGGUUAUCAUAUACGCCAACGGUAGUGCGUUGUGUUACCUGCCCGAGAAGGAAGCUCUGGCUGGGAUCAUGAAGAAACCAGACCUCAACCCUCAACUUGACAUUAUCAUCACUUACAACUCCUCAUAUUGUCGAGCACACGAGAAAUUGUGUCACGACACCUGUAUUGGGGGAUGCUGGGGAGUAGGACCUGAAAACUGUGUUCAGUGUAGCAGACUUUCCUUCGAAGGGAAGUGCCUCACCACUUGUAACGAUCCUGCUGUGGUUGGUCAGGGGAUUGCGCUUUAUGAGGAUGGAAAUAACUGCAAGAAAUGUCAUACGGAGUGCGAUCCUACUUCUAACUGUACUGGACCGGAGUCUAACCAAUGCUCGAGAUGUAGAAACUACAAGGACGGACCGUACUGUGUAGAUGAGUGCCCAGAUAUAAAGUACACUAAUGAACUGGAUACCUGUAUGGAAUGUCAUGAUAAAUGUACGAUGGAGCGAGGGUGUACGGGCCCCAACAGCUUCAUAGGUCCAGGGGGCUGCAACUUCUGUGAGGUUGUUAAACUGAUGGAGGAAACCUAUACUGAGAACAACACCAGAAGACUCUGGGGACAAUGCGAAGUGAAGUGCCCUGAAGAUCAAUACCCAGAUAACUUCAAACCUUACCCCAACCUACCCACACAUGACGGCGAUAGACCAAUCAGCGAGCGAGUCAAGGUCUGUACUCCGUGUCACAAGUUCUGCUCCUCAUGUCGCUCCUCCGGCUACUCAAUCCACGUGUGCACGUGCAAAUACGCACAGGACGGUGAGAACUGCGUGGGCCAGUGUCCCGCAGGCAAGUGGAGAUCCUUGGUGGAUAAAACGUGCAGACCCUGCGACGGACCUUGCCCUAAAAAUUGUGUAGGAAGUGACACAGUUCCUCUGAACAGCAGCAGUAUCGUUCAGUUCGCAAACUGUAACCUGGUCGAGGGUUCCGUUAUCAUUAACUUCCAAUCCUGGACCGGCCCAGACAAGAUUACCACAGCUGAUCUAGAGGCGUUAGACGAGAUUGUUACUAUCACUGGGCGUCUGAUAAUCAGAGAUUCACCCGACACCAACUUUACCAGUCUGGACAUGUUCCGUAGACUGGCAGAGGUUAAGGGAGAAGGAUCCCUCAGAAGGAGACGAAGGAGAGCAACGGACGACUAUGUGAUAGAGAUAGACAACAACACGGCCCUGGAAACAGCAGAAUUAGUGGCUCUCAAAAAGAUAGGAGGUCCCAUGAAGUUGAGCGGUAGUAACCUGUGUUAUGUGGAUCGGGUCGACUGGGGCUCCAGACUAGAUGGUUCAGUGGUUACUGUUGAUAUCUCCGAGUCAGCCUGUACAGAGAAGCCUUGUCACUCCGAGUGUGAUGAGACAGACGGAUGUCUGGGACCUGACAGUGAUAUGUGUAUCACGUGCAAUAACAAGGAGUUUGAAGGAGAUUGUAUCCCUACAUGUCAAGGGGCAUCUUACGAUGACGAAUCAGUGCAAUGUAAACCCUGCCACAAAAACUGUAACACUUGCACUGGUCCUGGUAACCACCAUUGUAUCGACUGUAAGCACAUGUUCGACGGGCCCGCGUGCGUGACCAGCUGUUCCAACGUGCACAGUUACGUGCGCAACCAGCGCUGUGAAGAGUGUGAUCCUGCCUGUGAGGGAGGUUGCGACGGGCCUGGUGCUCACAAGGGAGUAGGAGGCUGCACAACCUGCAAAUUAUUCGACAACACGAUCAACAAGGAGGACCAAAUGUGCGCGGAUCAAUGUCCCCCUAAAAGUUACAAGGACACAAUAAAGGGAGAGGAUGAUCAGUUCAUCACAGUUUGCGAGAAGUGUCACGGAGAAUGUGCUGCUUGUGAUCACUGGUCCGACUCAUCCUGCACGGAGUGCGUUCACGUAAAACAAGGUGACAGAUGUCAAGCCAAAUGUGACCUGGGCUACUACGAAGGUCCUGACAAGAAAUGUUUGGAAUGUCACGAGGAAUGUGCUUCCUGCAUAGGACCCGGGGAGACCAGCUGUACCUCGUGCAUGAACUUCGAGCUGCCCACUUCUGAGAUCAAACAGACUAGGACAUGUGUGGCUAAGUGCCCAGAACAGUACUCCAGAGCUCAGAAGGUAGUCACAACGAAUGAACUGCAACAUCUGCGAUGUGUAGAAGAAUGUGAAAAUGAUGGUAACACCCAAAGGGACGGAGAUUUCUGCAGUUGUAUUGAGGGCAGAGCCUGUCCCGGAAUGGCUCCACAGCAGAGUAGCACAGCAGUAGCAAUCGCAGUGGGAGUAGCGAUCGUCUUUAUCAUCGUCAUAGUGGGGAUCAUCUGUUGGAAACGAGCCAAACAAAACCAGAAGAAACGGAUGAACUUACUGAAACACGCUCAACAGAUGCAUGACAAUAUUAACCCUAUAUACGAGCCUGUAAUGCAGGAGGACACGGUUUAUCCGCUGAAUGACGGACAAUUACUAAUAGUUACGGAGGAUUCGCUUGAGAUUGGAGAAGUUUUAGGUAGCGGUGCGUUUGGUAAAGUGUAUGAAGGAAGAUGGCACCCAACAGAAACACUGAACACUGCUGAUGAUGUUGGACUCAGAGUUGCUAUCAAGAUACUCAAGGAUUCCGGAGAUCCUGAAAGCACUAGAGAGUUCUUCGAUGAAGCAGUUGUAAUGGGCAAACUGGAUCACAAACAUCUCGUUAGAAUCCUGUGUCUAUGCGCUGGUAAGAUGAUGCUGGUAACUCAACUAAUGCCUCUUGGAUCGCUACUUGAUUAUGUGAGAAAGUACAAAUCCUCGAUAACAUCGCACCACUUGUUGACAUACGGACUACAAAUAGCCCGGGGCAUGGCGUACUUGGAGGAAAACAACGUCGUUCACAGGGAUCUCGCUGCUAGGAACGUUCUGGUACAAACCCCGACUUUCGUGAAGAUCACUGAUUUCGGGUUGGCGAAGUGUUUGUCGAGUAAGAAGCAGAUGUUCACCAGUGAGGGAGGCAAGCUGCCCAUCAAAUGGCUUGCUAUCGAGAGUUUGAAGUAUCGUCAGUUCACGUCACGAAGUGACACUUGGAGUUACGGUGUUACCAUUUGGGAGGUGUUAGAAUUCGGACAGUUACCUUGGAGAACGAAACCCCCUGCCGAGCUCAUCAGAUCACUAGAGAUGGGGGAGCGGUUACCCAAACCCAAAACAUGUACACUGGAGGUUUACGCUCUCAUGCUCAGAUGUUGGGUGUUGGAGCCUACAGCUCGUCCUAACUUUGAGGAUCUGAUGUGCAGCAUGGAAGAGUUCCUGAAGGAGCCCAACAGAUUCGUACACACCCCUCACACUAACAGAGCCUCAACUGAGGGAUCGUUCCUGUCACCCCACGCGAGUGUGACGUCAGAAUACCGGGACAGCGGUAUCGUAGACGUUGACAGAAACUACGAGAACGACGACAGGGCAAUGGCGAUGCAGCGCGCGCUCUACGACGCCACUUCCUCCCUCCGGCCCCAAGAGAGCAGCCCGAACUACGAUCCGGCGCUAACAGCAGACCAAGACGAUGUGUUCUCGGAGAGUCCCAGCACGGCACGGAACAGCGUCAUAGAGAACAGACACGAUUACGUGCAGGAUUACUUGGUGCCCGAUCAGUACAGUGUGGACGAGGGAAAUGGCACAGACUCGAGCCAGGACCAAGGGUAUGUGAAGAUGGGGAACGGGAGUGACUACGCAGACCUCGAACAACAACCAGAGUACUCGAACGCAGACACUUUGUUAGAGGGAGAACUGACGCAGUCCCUUCUAGAACAUUCCAAACAAUCCAGCAAGAACAACAAGAACAAAUUCCCUUACAAUAGAUCACCCUCACCUCGCCCCGCCAAACACCUCAGUCCUAAACCACCGAGGAACGCUCAGAGCAGUCCCCGAGUUGGCCGGAUACGGGACGACGGCUACUCCAGUUUAAAGGAGCCAUUGUCCGACGUCAGCGUGCCCCUCACGGGCGAAGGCUCUACAGAGAACCUGUAACCGAGAUAAGGUGGACGGGACGUGGAAACUGUGUCCUUUUUGAUCAUCUGUCCAGUUUAGACCAUCCAAUCGGAGAUCGUCGUCAACCUGAGAUCUGAGAUAACGAUAUGUAUUGCGUGAUACGUCACGCAAUAAGCGUGAUACGUCACACCACGAGCAUGCUCUUUGCAGUGGCUGAGGUGCCUCAGAGGAUUGCUGCCGUUACUAUCGAGCAUUAUAAGUCAAAGUUGUUGCACUGAAGUGGUGGUAAACGUGAAAGAGUUAAAUUUAACGAGAGCGAACUUGACCGUUUCUUAUAUGUUUUAAACUUCUUGUCUAACGUUCAAUAUGUUUUAUUUCUCUUUGUGGACCAGUGGAAAGAAGUUGAUGAUAAUAAUACGUCGUCCAAAGAUUCGCCGACACAACUUUUCUUAUAAAAUCAAAAGACUUUAAUUAAUACAUUUAAACUUGAUAUUGUAACCAACUUAUUUUUAUCCGCCCCCGGACCGCAUUUGAAUUUUCCUUUAAUUUCAAAUCUAACUGUUCUCUCACACGAUCAUGUUUCCAUAUAAUAUAUUGUUAUUCCGUUUCAUGUUCACAGUUUUGUUGUUAUAAUAUCCUCUCUGUUAUUUUCCCCAUAGUAUUUGUCACAGAUGGUGUUGGUUGUAAUUACGAAACGGAGCAUCUAUUUAUUCUCAUGCUGUAAGUAAUAACUCAUUUUCUGUUAACUAUUAUAAUUACUUAAAGUAUUUUACCGUUGAUUAAUGAGUGCUCUGUUUCAGUCCAGUUGAGAAUUUACAUCCCCGUUAAUUAAUAAACUCGACUACAAUGGAGGAAUUGGUGAUAACUGGUUUAUUUGGGACAGCGACAGCCGAUUCGUUUUGAUUUCUAGAUUCUGCAAAAUGAUUGGUGAACAACUGUCGCUCACGAAAACAAACCAGCAUCAUAUACCCACCCGUAGUCAAGUCCAUAAAAGGCUUUAUUUUAAAUUAUUGUAAAUAUUGAAGGAGUCAGUGGAGAGAAAUUUUGUAAUGGAGGGUUGGGUUAGAGGCAUCAGCCUUCCACCUUACCUUCACCCUUUAUUUGGAACUCUUCUUUCAAGCAACUAAUAUUGCUACCCUAAUUAUAUAAUUAUGCAGUCACAAUAACUGAUCUUAGAGCAGCCGAAACUUGAAAGAAGGGUACCUUUUUUUUCUUGUAAUUUAUUUCUGGCAUAUCUUUUGAUAAUUGAAAUCUUUUCACCAUUUUGAUAUUCACUCCGAUUUUACUAGUGACCACGUAACGAAAGUAACUAGAAAGCAGGGCGUUACUUUGUAUCCAGGGCGUUACUAAGUAACCAGGGCAUAACUUAGUUACUUAGCUGUACCUAGUAACCAUCUAGAUGAUCGCGAGUGGAGUGACUAACUAUAAUUUGAUAUUUUUGUACAUACGUUUGGGUAAGACUGAGAAGCUCAAUGGUAAGCACAACUUGCCGAGAGUUUUAAGUCUAGGAUUAGGUGUACAGAUACUGUCGUGAUCCUUGAUUCAAAUUAUUUUAAACUUCGAUCAUCGAGUCUGCCAAUUUAUUAUCAUACCGGGAAUUGAAAGUGUUAAAUUAAUCGUUGUGAAUCAAAAGUAGUCUGAUUAAAUGUAACAAUCGAUAUUUUUGAUAUGGUCGUCACUAUAAAGUUGGUUCGAGACGUUUCACUAAUUUUAAGUUUCUGAGAUGUUUCUCUUAAAGUUAAUUUUUAUUUUGAUUUUUAUUGAAUUGCUAUUGCAAUAGUAAUUAUGUCAUUUACCAAAUAA